AUGGUUCAUUUAGGUCCAAAAGCUCCACCACAUAGAAAAGGUACUUUCACCGACGUACCAAAAGCCUUAUUAGAUGAAUUAAAAACGUUGGAACAACAAUUCUCAGUCUCUCCCGAAAAAUUACGUGGAAUUGUUGAUCAUUUCGCUAAAGAAUUAGAAAAAGGAUUAUCCAAAACCGGUGGUAAUGUCCCCAUGAUCCCAGGUUGGGUUAUGGAUUUCCCCACUGGGAAAGAACAAGGUGAUUAUUUGGCCAUUGAUUUAGGUGGAACUAAUUUACGUGUUGUUUUGGUUAAAUUGGGCGGAAAUCGAGAUUUCGAUACUACUCAAUCAAAAUUCCCAAUCCCAACACAUAUGAGAACGGCCACUAGUGAAGAAUUAUGGGAAUUUAUUGCUAAUUGUUUGAAAAACUUUGUGGACGAAGUUUUCCCUGAUGGUUGUGAUGAAACUUUACCGUUGGGUUUUACUUUUAGUUAUCCUGCUUCACAAAAUUCUAUUAAACAAGGUAUUUUACAAAGAUGGACUAAAGGUUGGGAUAUUGAAGGUGUUGAAGGACAUGAUGUUGUUCCAUUGUUACAAAAGGCAAUUAAAAAAGUUGGUGUUCCAAUUGAUGUUGUUGCUGUAAUCAAUGAUACUACUGGUACUUUAGUUGCUUCAAUGUAUACUGAUCCCGAAGCUAAAUUAGGAUUAAUUUUUGGUACUGGUGUUAAUGGUGCUUAUUAUGAUGUUGUUAAAGAUAUUCCAAAAUUACAAGGUAUUAUCCCAGAUGAUAUUGAUCCUGAAUCUCCAAUGGCAAUUAAUUGUGAAUAUGGUGCUUUUGAUAAUGAAUUGAUUGUAUUACCAAGAACUAAAUAUGAUGUUCAAAUUGAUAAAGAAUCACCAAAACCAGGUCAACAAUCUUUUGAAAAGAUGAAUUCUGGUUAUUAUUUAGGAGAAAUCUUAAGAUUGGUAUUACUUGAAUGGGCUGAAUCAAAACAAUUAAUCUUCAAGGGGCAAGAUUUAACCAAGUUGAAAACCCCAUUUAUUUUAGACACUUCAUUCCCAGCUAGAAUUGAAGAAGAUCCAUUUGAAAAUUUAUCUGAUGUAUAUGAACUUUUUAAAGAAGUUCUUGAUAUUGAAACCACUAGUCCAGAAAGAAAAGUAAUUCGUAAGAUUGCUGAAGUGAUUGGAGAAAGAUCAGCAAGAUUAUCAGUUUGUGGAAUUGGUGCUAUUUGCAAGAAGAGAGGUUAUAAGACUGCACAUUGUGCUGCUGAUGGUUCUGUGUAUAAUAAAUAUCCUGAUUUUAAAAUUAGAGCUGCUAAAGCUUUAAGAGAUAUUUUUGGUUGGGAUGAUUCUGUAACUGAAGAUCCAAUUGUUAUUGUACCAGCUGAAGAUGGAUCUGGUGUUGGUGCUGCUGUGAUUGCUGCAUUGACUGAAAAGAGAUUGAAAGAAGGUAAGUCUGUUGGACUUGCUAGUAAUUAG